AUGCAACAACCUAAUUCGAUACAACAAUCUAAUAUAAUGCAACAACCUAAUUCAAUACAACAAUCUAAUAUAAUACAACAAGCUAAUCUAAUGCAACAAGCUAACUUAAUGCAACAACCUAAUUUUAUUCAAUCUUCACUUUUUUCAGGUCAACAUUAUAUGUCAUCUUUAUUUUAUAAUCCAUUUUUAACAUAUAUUCUUUUACAAACUUACAAAACAUCUUUUCAAAUGCCAAUUCAAUUAUCUUUACAACAAAUAUUACCUACAAUCAAAAAUUUUUUAAAAAAUAUAGAUAAAAAUGAAGAUACUGAAGAUUAUUAUAAGAAAUUUUUAUUAAAAUUUAAACAACAAAAAAUUUCUGUAUUACUACUUUCUGAAUUAUCAAAUAAAGACUUUGAAAAAUGUGAAGUAGAUACUAUUGGUGUACACCAAACUCUUCAUAAAUAUGCUGCAAAGUAUAAUGCAUUAUCAUAA